GUGCAACAAAAAGUCGCCGCUGAAUUAUGCUAUCUGAUCAAUAGCGUUCCGUUUUCAGCUAUCGAUACGUCUAGAUGAGAACAUUAACGUUUUGUUACCCCGUUAUCUCAAGGAAGUUAUGUUUUUUGUAACGCUGAUAAACGCGCGUACUGGAUUUCAUUUGUCAAGACACUUAGCUGCUAGCUUAGGCUAGCUGCCCGUCCUGUGUAACGUUAACGAACGUUACGCAAACUUUGUUUUAUUUGCAGCCACAUUAGUUUGCAACCACAGCACUCUUCACUUGAUACUGUAGAGUUUUAACAACACUUUUGGACCACAGAGAUCUUCAGAGAAUGCUGGCAACGGGAGCAGCUGUAACUAACGUCACAGCCCUGGCUCAGGUCGACCGGGAGAAGAUCUACCAAUGGAUCAAUGAGUUGUCCAGUCCAGAGACCAGAGAAAAUGCCUUGCUGGAGCUAAGCAAGAAACGCGAGUCUGUGCCAGACCUGGCACCAAUGCUCUGGCACUCCUGUGGCACCAUUGCUGCCCUGCUGCAGGAAAUAGUGAACAUCUAUCCAUCUAUAAACCCACCUACGCUUACAGCUCACCAGUCCAACAGAGUGUGCAAUGCUCUAGCACUUCUGCAGUGUGUUGCCUCACACCCAGAGACACGGUCAGCUUUUCUGGCUGCUCACAUCCCUCUCUUCCUUUACCCUUUUCUGCACACUGUGAGCAAAACGCGGCCGUUUGAGUACCUGCGACUUACCAGCCUCGGAGUCAUAGGUGCGUUGGUCAAAACAGAUGAACAAGAAGUUAUUAACUUCCUCCUCACCACUGAAAUCAUCCCGCUGUGUCUUCGCAUCAUGGAAUCGGGGAGCGAGCUCUCCAAGACGGUUGCUACUUUCAUACUGCAGAAGAUCCUGUUGGAUGACACGGGGCUGGCCUAUAUUUGUCAGACGUAUGAACGCUUUUCUCAUGUGGCUAUGAUCCUUGGCAAAAUGGUGCUCCAGCUCUCCAAAGAACCAUCAGCUCGCCUGUUGAAGCAUGUUGUUCGCUGCUACCUUCGCCUCUCAGAUAAUCUCAGAGCCAGAGAAGCCCUGCGUCAGUGUCUGCCGGACCAGCUGAAAGACAGCACCUUUGCCCAGGUGCUGAAAGACGACACCACCACGAAGCGCUGGCUGGCACAGCUGGUCAAGAACCUGCAGGAGGGCCAAGUCACCGAUGCUAGAGGCAUCCCACUGGCUCCUCAGUGACGGGGACAAAGUGUUUACAGCUGACGCAGAAGGACUCUCUCAUCGCUGUCUAGAUUUGGUAUUUUUGGCCAAAGGUGUUGCUAAGACUGUCUGCAAAGUGAGUCACAUAAUAGAGGAAGAUUUGUUUGCUGUUUACACCAGUUUUCUUCUAGUAUGUCAUGAGCUCACUAUCACAACUGAAAAUCUGUUUUUUUGUUUGUUUUUUUAAGAGCCAGGCUAAAAGUGGGUUUUCAAAGUCGAUAGUAAUAUUGAUAUUUGAGAAUAAUUUUAAUCCAAUGAUGAUGUAUUGUCCGGAAUUUGUGAACAACAUAAACAGGUCCCUCAAAUUUGGUUUAUAAGGAGUUGUGGUAAAGAAUGUCUCGGGUAUGAUAUUUUACAAAAUAACUCACUGUCAAAACAUUACUGAGCAAUAAACUUCACUGAAAAUGAUAAUUUACUUGUAACAACAGAAAAAUACAUGAAAUAUGCUAAAAUGACCUGUAAAGUAAACAGUAAAACUUGUAUUGCUGCAACAUAUCAAUACUAAUAGGUCAGUGUUAAGGCCGUGUCUGUUAAUUAUCAGCUCUUCCAAGAGAUCGGUCAGCUCAGUAGUUUCCCGUUUAUCACUGUAACGUUCUGUAACAAUCCACUAAAAAGUAGGAACUGUUAUUUUUUGCUUCUUUCAUUUCAAAUAAGACUUAAUCUUCUAUUUGACUGGUUGUGUCUCCUUUUAUUUUAUUUUUGCUGUGGACUGACAUUACAGUUGGCAGAGCGAGGCUUACUGACAUGGAUGUGUUUCUGUAUAUUUCUGUGCAGAGUGAAAUCUGAGAAGCUGGUCUUGUUUAAGAUAUUUCAUAAAUAAAAUGUUUUCCACCCAA